CUGGAUAUUUGAAAAUCGUUUCCCCGCAUCAAUAGAUUAAACGUCCCCGAAGGUUUCAGAUCCAUAUCUGACACCACAUCUCAUAAAUAUUGGAUGGCUUUUGUAAUAUUAAAAAUUGAUGUUUUCAAUUUAAGUUUUCAAAGCGGAGUCGGAGUGUCCUCGCUGAGGGAGGGCGAGAGGAGGUCCAGUCAGACUCUACCUACCUGCCGAUCAAACGCGCGCUGUCUCCUCAGGUGCGCGAGGGGGACAGACUCAAACGCACCGAUGAUGCUCGCUCUGCCCAAAUUGUAAGGAAAGCCACAUACACGUGUGACGCCUGAGACGAGUGAGACCUAGAUUUUGGAGUCAUUUGAAGACUUAUCUCAAACUCCCGUGGAGCUGCAAUGGCAUCGAUCGGGGAGUUUGAUCCGUUAAACAGCAGCGUACCUGCCACCAAAAUAGAGAUCACCGUCUCGUGCAGGAAUUUGCUGGAUGCUGAUGCAUUCUCAAGGUCAGCGCCAGUGGUUGUGUUGUAUGUUCAAGGAAUCGGUACUAAGGAGUGGAGAGAGUCUGGUCGAACAGAAGUGAUUGACAACACUCUCAACCCGGACUUUGUGAGGAAGUUUGUCUUGGAUUAUUUCUUCGAAGAAAAGCAGAACCUUCGCUUUGACGUAUACAAUGUGGACUCCAGAAGCUCAAACAUCUCAAAGCAUAAGUCCUUCCUCGGCCAGACUUUCUGCACUCUAGGAGAGAUUAUUGGGUCCUCUGGGUCAAGACUGGAGCGGGUGCUUUCGGGCAUUCCUGGGAAGAAAUGCGGGAGCAUUAUCUUCACAGCUGAGGAACUCAGCAAUUGUCGGCGAGCUCUUGAGGUGUUUAAACGAGACGCCGCUGGUGCCGUGAGCUGUGGAAACUGGCAAACAGUGAAGGUUGAUGUUUAUGACUGGGACAGAGAUGGAAGUCAUGACUUCAUCGGAGAGUUUACGACCAGCUAUAGAGAGCUGUCUCGCGGACAGAGCCAAUUCAAUGUUUAUGAGGUUCUGAAUCCCAAGAAGAAAGGGAGGAAAAAGAAAUACGUCAACUCUGGCACGGUAACACUUUUGUCCUUCAAAGUGGAAUCGGAGUAUACAUUUGUGGACUUCAUUCGAGGCGGAACACAGCUCAACUUCACUGUAGCCAUAGACUUCACUGCCUCUAAUGGAAACCCAUCUCAGCCGACAUCGCUCCACUACAUGAACCCGUAUCAGCUGAAUGCGUAUGCCAUGGCCCUUAAAGCCGUGGGGGAAAUCAUCCAGGAUUACGACAGUGACAAACUCUUCCCUGCCUACGGCUUUGGAGCUAAACUCCCUCCUGAUGGCAAGAUCUCUCAUGCUUUCCCCCUGAACUCCGACUGUGAGAAUGCAAACUGCGUCGGCAUCGAAGGCGUGCUGGAGGCAUACUAUGACUGUCUCCGGAAAGUGCAGCUCUAUGGCCCCACCAACUUUGCCCCUGUCAUCAACCAGGUGGCACAGUGCGCGUCAGAGGUGACAGAUGGCUCUCAGUACUUCGUGCUGCUGGUCAUCACAGACGGUGUCAUUUCCGACAUGGUACAGACUAGAGAAGCCGUGGUCACCGCGGCGUCUCUGCCCAUGUCAAUCAUAAUUGUGGGAGUCGGCCCUGCUGAAUUUGAUGCAAUGGAAGAGUUGGAUGGGGAUGAGGUCAGGGUGUCCUCCAGGGGACGUGUUGCUGAGAGAGACAUUGUCCAGUUUGUGCCGUUCCGGGACUACAUCGACCGAUCCGGGAACCAGGUGCUCAGCAUGGCCCGACUGGCCAAAGAUGUACUGGCCGAGAUCCCCGACCAGCUGCUGUCGUUCAUGAAGAGCAGAGGCAUUGAACCCAGACCAGCCCUCUCCCCCUCUCCCACACCACAGAUAAACGUCCACCUCUGAUCCUAGAGCAGUGUUUUAUCCACAGUUAUAUGUUCACGCCUGAAACCCCCGGGUCCGUCACUGGGGACGCACAUUUUUACUUUCCACAUCGGUUAGCAGUAGCACAUAAUGUAGUUACAAUAAUAAUCAACUGAAAUCAGGAAUAUGUUAAUGUAAGUGUGUGGUGUAAUACUUUAUAAUCGGUCAGCGAUCAGUCAAAAAACACAACAGUGUUUGCUUGCAUUGGAAUGGAAGAUG